UAAAGAUUCAGUAACAGAAGAGGUGCACAUGAAAACUCUUUUGAGUGGGUUAAAAGUUUUGCAAAGAACACCCGCAUUACUGUCUGGAAAUUUGAUUGAUCGAAUUAAACCAAGCAAGAUCUUUGAAUUUCAACAUCUUUCCUUUUCUGUAACAUCUCAUUACAGUCUAAACUUUCAGUUACGUGACACAAUGGCAGUUACACCAGGAAACAAAUUGACAUGGAAAGUUGAUCAGGCCAUGAUAACUAAAACUGUAGAAGAACUGAAGAAGUCCUCAUUACAUGCAUAUGAAUCUGUGGGAAAACUAUCUCCAGAUCAAAUUAAUUAUGAUAAUGUGAUCAAGGCUUUAGCAGACAAUGAUUGUGUGUAUGCAGUAAACAGAAACAAUGUAGAUUUCUUACAACAUGUAUCAUCUGAUAAGGAACUGAGAGAUGCCAGUGUAGAGGCUGAUAAAGAACUAUCAGAAUUUGAUGUAGAAAUGAGCAUGAGACAGGACGUAUUUGACACAUUGGUUGCCACAGAGAAAAAAUUGUCAGGUCAACUAAAGCCAGAGGCCAAAAGAUAUUUAGAGAGAAUGCUUAAAUUUGGCAAAAGAAAUGGGUUACAUCUGCCAAAGGAGAAACAAGAUAAAAUUAAAGAAAUAAAGAAGAGAAUGAGUGAUUUAAGUAUUGACUUCAGUAAAAACCUGAACGAAGAAAACACAGUACUGGAGUUCACAGAAAAAGAUUUAGAUGGUCUUCCAGAAGACUUCAUUAAAUCUUUGGAUAAGACAGAUGAUGGAAAACUGAAGGUGACACUGAAAUAUCCACAUUACUUCCCUUGUAUGAAGAAAGCUAGAAACCCCAACACAAGGAAACAAUUGGAAAUUGCAUUUAACUCCAGAUGUGUAAAAGAAAAUACUGCUAUCUUAGAAGAAUUAGUAAAACUCAGACACGAGAAAGCUCAGAUUCUAGGCUUCCCUACACAUUCUGCUUUUGUAUUAGAUAUGAGAAUGGCUAAAACUCCUGAGGCUGUCACUUCAUUCCUUUCUGGUCUAGCAAAAAAGUUACAAGCUUUAAAGGAAUCCGAGAUGUCACUGUUCUUAGAGUACAAGAAGGAAGAGUGUGAUAAAUAUGGGUAUGAGUUUGAUGGGAAGAUAAACUUUUGGGAUUUCCGUUAUUACAUGAGUAUGGCAGAAGAGAAAAAAUAUGCUGUUGAUCAUGAGAAACUUAAGGAAUAUUUCCCCAUGAAGGUUGUAACUAAAGGCUUACUGGAUAUAUACCAGGAGUUACUCAGUCUAGAAUUCAAAUUAAUUGAAGGAGCAGAGGUCUACCAUCCUGAUGUGACUAUGUACAGUGUGACAGACAAAGACUCUAGGCAGCUUCUGGGAUAUUUCUACUUAGACUUACAUCCUAGGGAAGGAAAGUAUGGCCAUGCUGCUUGUUUUGGUCUACAGCCAGGUUGUAUAGGGCCUGAUGGUAAAAGACAGAUUUCAGUAGCUGCUAUGGAGGCCAACUUUACAAAACCAACCGAAGAUAAACCAUCAUUACUCACUCAUGAUGAGGUAGAGACGUAUUUCCAUGAGUUUGGACAUGUUAUGCACCAGAUCUGUGCCCAAGCUGAUUUUCCUUUGUUUAGUGGUACACAUGUGGAGAGAGACUUUGUUGAAGCUCCAUCACAGAUGUUAGAGAAUUGGUGUUGGGAGAAGGAACCACUCAGUAGAAUGUCAGCUCAUUAUAAAGAUGGAUCUGCCAUACCUGAUGAUUUGUUACAGAAACUGUUAGAUAGUAGGAAAGCUAAUGCUGGAGUAUUUAAUCUUAGACAGAUAUUACUAGGGACCUUUGAUCAGACCAUUCACAGAAUGGAUCAGGCUGACACAGCAUCUAUAUUUUCCAAGUUGUCUGAGGAGACUUUAGGAUUUCCAGCAACACCAGGGACAAACAUGCCAGCAUCCUUUGGACAUAUAGCUGGAGGUUAUGAUUCUCAAUACUAUGGAUAUCUGUGGAGUGAAGUGUUCUGUAUGGACAUGUUCUAUUCACGCUUCAGGAAAGAAGGUAUUAUGAGUCCUAAAGUUGGUGCAGAUUAUAGAAAGUACAUCUUACAACCAGGUGGAUCAUUGGAUGCCAGUGAUAUGCUUAGAAAUUUCUUGGGACGGGAUCCGGAACAGGAACCUUUUCUUAUCAGUAAAGGACUAUCAACACUGAAAGUAUAAAACAAUUGUAAUACACUGCCUUCUUACACAAGCCAGGAAUUAUUCUAUUGGUUGCAAUCAGAAAUAAAUUAUUUUUUAUAUUAA